UGCGGGGCGGGCGGUGGGGCGGCGGCAGCAGCAGCAACGGCGGUUGUUCAAAGAUGGCGAAGGCGGGGCCGCCGCCGCCGUCGUCGGUGAGCGGAGCUUUCUGGAGCGCGGACGAAUCGGAUGAAGAGCAACCAAUGGUUUUUGUACCAGGAUUAUUGUGUGAAGGUAACUUCAGACAUGAGUCAAAGGUGAAGGGACGUAAAAUUCAACAAGUUAAAACAAAGCUUCCUGCAGCUGGUUCUGUUUUCAUGUCGCCCUUGACGGCUGGAGAUUUAAAGCCAGUGAUGUCGAAUGAGAUCAUGAAAGAAAAGGAAGUGAGCAGAAGCGCAUCUUUAAAAGAUCUAUGCCCAGAGGACAAGAGACGUAUUGCUAAUCUAAUCAAAGAACUUGCUCGAGUAAGCGAGGAAAAAGAAGAAACAGUGGAACGAUUAAAGGCUGAACAGGAAUCUUUUGAAAAAAAGAUCAAAGAGCUGGAGGAUCAGAAUGAACUCAUUAUGACCGAGCGAGAAGCCUUGCAGCAGCAGUAUACGGAAUGCCAAGAACUCUUAAGCGUUUACCAGAAAUAUCUAUCUGAGCAGCAAGAGAAACUUAAUCGAUCCUUAACAGAGUACAGCAGCCCAAAUCGGAAGGUGCCUAACCAGAGAAGCAAUCCCCAUCAGCCAGCCUCUUCACACCUAGAUGGCUCCUACCUUGGAACGGUACCUAUGUGCAUGCUUAUAAAUGCUACUGGUGACUCAAAGCAUGUGCAUACAGGUCCAUCUGCAAUGCCUAUUCUUCAAUACAACGAGAGUUUGCGUUUCCCUAACCAUCAUCUCAAUCGAGUGCAACAUGCUGAUAGUCUUCCAAUCCAAAAUGGUUAUCAGAGGAAACCUGGAAGUACAAUUUCAGCAGAGCCUGUUGCAGGAAGACGUGUUCAUUUAAGUGAAGAGGUGAGCAUAGGUGCUAUGCAGCUUGGUAGACGUUGUGAUCCCAUUGAUCCAGAUGGAGGCCGUCCUUUCUGCCAAACACACGUGGUAACAGAUGGGGCUGAUGCAGAAAGUCAGUUCACUAAUGUUAAUAGCAGGCAUUCAAGAGCAUUUUCUGAACACAAUGGUGCCUAUGGGACCCCUCAAAUCCUGCCAAUGAAGGAUCAAAUGGGAAUAAUAACUGGAGAAGCCGAUGGAAGGAAAAUAUCUACAAAACAGAGGCAGCAGUUGUUAUGUCAGAAAAUAGAGUUGGAACUGGAGAAAGAGCGACUGCGGGAAUUGCUGGCUCAGCAGGAAGCCCAGCUCCUCCUAAAGCAGCAGCAGUUACACCAGUCAAGGCUGGAUUAUGGCAGGUUCAUGGGUUGUUUGCCUGCAUUUGAAAACACAAUUCACAAUGAGGAUCCAACAAGACCAGGAAAAUUUUCACAGAAUGCAGCCCAACAUACUGAAAGGUACUUUGAUUUGAGAAAAGACCCUUUCCAUGGUUGUUUACAAAGUGAGGCCAAAUAUGUGGAGACACCAACUACAGAACCACAGGAACGAUUAAGUGCUGGGAAGAACCUGGUAGAGUUGUUUGAUCCAAAAUUGGAUACUGUUAGGGGCACAGCUUCCUUGCAUACAGUUGGAGAUCUAAAUAGACAACAAACAACAGGGACUCCAUUGACUUCUAAAAAAGAUGUGGCUACCUCUCCUGUGCUAAUAUUCAAAAAGGUUAACGAUGCAACGGGGUCAACUUCGCCGAUAUGGUCUGAAACAUCAAGCUAUGAAGCCUCGCUUGUUGACUUGGUGGAUUCAUUGAGUCCGAUUUCCUUACAAAAGCCCAAGCUGCACACCAAGCACUUGCAUAACAAGCUGAGAAAGAGCAGCGCAGGUUACAGCGGCAGCCAGUGGCUACGGUCCAAGCCAGCGAUAGCUUCAACACACUUUGGGGAAUCGUGUGAAGAUCUUGAAGAAAGCCGAAUGCUGGAAGCCAUUUUCUUCAUUUAGGAAAACAGGUCGGACUGUCUCCCUUGGGGUGAUUGAACCAUUAUGAUAUUCGAUUUCCAUCUUCAAAACAGCACCGGCUCCACAAGGAAUAUGUGCACGUAGCAACCGCGGCUGACUGGUGUAACACAGCUACGAGCCUGCGUGGCGGAGCACAUGGACAAAGCUAGCUUUGCCACUUAAUCCACAAUAUAUUCAUUCACUAAAUACUGGGAUUGUUACAGAACUCAUGCCAAAUGUGAUAUCACAAUAUAUUUAUAAUUAUGUUGGUGAAUUUUGUGCAUCAUUCUGCUCAUUUUAACUGCAAUAUCUUCUCAGUUCUGUCUUGUGUUUUAUGGUGGUUACUGCAGAGGAGAUGAGGGAAGCAGAAAUACUAUAGUCACCACGUUUCUCAGUACUGAGUAUGCGGGUUGGGAUCUGUUGAUUCCAAGAGAGAAGUCUCAUUACUGCCAGUGGUUUGAAUUGUGCCCAAGAUCAGAAUUUAUUUUUCAGAGCUCAGCUGUUUUCAUUGUGAGUCUAUUUAUAUUGCACAUUUUCAUUGCUUUCUUUCUUUGUAGGAAAAACAAGUAAAAAGUGUGAAGCCAUGUCAUAUAACUUAAGCAGUUCCCUUUUUCACAUGUUCCCAAGAGACUGACUGAAAAGACUGUCGAGUCUAGGCUGUGACAUUGUGUGAGAAGACUGUGGCUAUCAUACACUUCUUUAAGGUAACUCUGAUAGAAUGUGUACCAUCAGUGCUGUGCGUAGAUCAGCAUAGCUAAUGUAGGGAACAAGGUCUGUCAAAUAAGUUAUCUUGCAGUCAUUAAAUGAUUUCUACACAAUGAACUAUUUUUAGUCUCCCAGUAACUGUUUGGUUAGUUGAUUACAUAUUGAACAUCCCACAAUCUGGUUUAAUGUUUGCCUUGACAUAACAGACUUCAGAUAUUUGCUAUUUUUAUGUAACUCCAGUAUUGUGAAGGUAUUGUUAAAGAUCCCAUGACACUAUUUGGAAAGAGAAGAGA